CCAUGAAAGUAGGAUAUGUUUACUUGUGCUAUUGUAAGUUUGUUGUCCUGCUGGGCGGGGUCUACUACCUCCAUCCCAAAGCAGAAAGAAGCAGCAGACUCUGAACCAGCCGGAGACCGUUCACACCUCACCAUGAUCCGCGUUCUGCUCUUAACACUGCUCGCUGUGGUGUCGGCGGACCGGCUGCCCCGCAGCUGCGGCACCUGCGAGCCGAGUAAGUGCGCUCCGCUGCCGGCCGAGGGCUGCUCCUCCGGGACGCUGCUGGAUGCGUGCGGCUGCUGCGAGCUCUGCGCGUCUGGAGUUGGAGAGCCGUGCGGGGGACGCGGAGCCUCGGCCAAGCGCUGCGCGUCCGGACUCGAGUGCGUCAAGGGCGACAAAGACAAGAAGAGUAAAUCGGGGGUCUGCGUGUGCAAGAGCAACUAUCCCGUGUGCGGCACUGACGGCGUCAACUACAACAACGGCUGUGAGCUGAAAGCUGCAAGCGGGAAAGCAGUGAAGGACAGCAAACCCGAAAUUAAGAUUCGAAACAAGGGCAAAUGCGCUCAAGCACCGGUUAUUGUAACACCUCCAGGAGAGGUAUGGAACGUGACUGGCUCACAGGUCUUCCUGAGCUGCGAAGCCACCGGGAUACCAACACCUGUGCUCACCUGGAGAAAAGUAUCUAAGAGCAAAGACCGGACUCUUCCACUCCCUGGAGACAAAGACAACCUGGCCGUCCAGACCCGAGGAGGCCCGGAGAAGCACGAGGUCACUGGCUGGGUGCUAAUAUCUCCACUUACCAAGGACGAGGACGGCUCCUAUGAGUGUCACGCCAGCAACAUCCAGGGAGAAGCGUCAGCCGUGGGCACCAUUCAUGUGGUGGACUCCAUCAAUGACAUUCCUCCCAAGAAGGGGAAGGAUGGUGAGCUGUAGGAGGACGUGGCCUCUGACUGAGAUGUUGAAACACUACGCCUGUGCACUGAUGACAAGCAUUUAGCGCAGUCACUGCUCACGCACUCCGCCUGAACUGCAAACAGCAGCUUGCACAUGGACACUUUAUUUUAUAGAAGUUGUUCAGAGUCACAAAAAUCCAGACACCAACAUUUCUUGAUUCCUACGCUUUACCUCACUCUACAAUGUGUCUGCCUGCAGAACAACUUCGAUACCGUAAAGCGCCAACCAAGACAACCAUCGGCUUGAUCUUUUAAAAGCUACACGUACUUAUACCCGAGAACACAAACAUUUCAUACAGCACAUCAUAUCAUUCACGCUCGCAUGCAUGCGAAGGCACUCAAAUAUCUUGUCUUUACUUAUCAUAAGCAUGUUUUGCUUCUCUUUAUUUUUCAAGAUGUUUUUGAUGAUACAGAUUGUACUCAUUCUUUUAGGUUUUUUUUCGUUUGGUUGAUGUCUAUGGUGCUGAAAAACUAUUAUUUUAAACCUCAAUUACAUGUGCACAAUUUCUAAGACUUCGAGUACUUCAUUUAAAUCAGGGUUUCUCAAAUGUUCUAGUAUGAUGGAACAAAAAAAAACAUAAUUGAGAACCAUGGGCCAACUGUUAAAUUAUAUUCAACUAGAUAUUAAUUUUUAAAUAUAAAGAACAAUACAUAUAUGAUAAAUAUUUAUAAAAAAUGAAAGUUUUUUUCUCUUUGCCUUGCAAGCCAUGUGUAUUGACGUAAAAGGAAGCCAGUAAGACCAUUUUUUGUUAAUGCCAUGAAUAAGAGAAGAGGUUUACUUUAUUUUCCUGGGUGUUAAGAAUGAAUACUUUCUGUUGGUUCCCAAAUUACGGUAGAAUUAAGUGUUGUCCUCUAAAGGUCUGAGCAUCUAAUGCAUCCAUUUAUAUGUCUUGAUAUUUGUAUAACACUAAUGAAUAAAAGAAAGAAAGUACUUGAAA